AUGGAUAUAGGCGAUGCCAGCAAUCGAUUAGGAUACCAUGUACGAGUCACGUUAAAAGGAAAAGGUCAAGAUCAAUGUGGGUUUCUAUACACGGUGGAUCCAAUGUCAGGAAACGUCGUUUUGCUCGAUUGCGAUAACACACCACCCAACGCCCGUGUCAUCAUGCACCACGCCAUUGCGAGUGUUCACGUGGAUACUGAAAGGUGCCUUGGUGUGAAGACGAUGGAUGCUAUCUUGCAACGAACGUCCUUUGUAUGCGAUGAUCCAGCCUGGUUAAAGACACGUCGUGAUGCAUUGAUAAAGUAUUUGGAAAAGCAUCGUGUCCCUUUUAGGCAAGAUGAAAACGACCCGGUGAUUCAUGUCUUGGGACGUGCACGUGUGGAACCACCUUACGUUGUCACUAGUGUCUUUUGCGACAAUUCAAUCAUUGGUAAACGCGUACAAGAAUUGGUCAUGAAGCUAGGAUGA